GUUAAACCUAAAAUAAGUUUUUGUUUAUUAGGAAUAAGCGAUUUUAUUGCUCUAGUAAAUCAUUUGUUAUGGGGGUCCGUUCAGUUCGAUGGAUUUAAUUUACCAGUUUGGUAUUCAGUCGUUAGCUAUUAGGUAUAGGUUUUAGAGCUGCUAUUUACAUUUAUUGCAUCAUUAAGUGAGCCACGUAGUUUAUGCCAAGAAGGAGCUAAUUUAAGGUUUGUUGGGGCCGAUUUAAACAGUAUAGUUCCUAAAUUUCCCUAAUAAUACAAAUCACUUUUAAUGGCAUUCUAGUAACAAGUUUUGUGCAUUGGAGCAUAGAAGAAACUCAGCCCAUAAAUUUUAUAAAUGCAUAUUUCUGAACUUCUUAAGUCAAAAGGAACCGUUUGAGCUCAAAAAACACACAUGUAAAAUUUUGAUUUUUGGCCAAAAUUUUUCCAAGGGUGGGGGUCGAUUUUUUGAAAAAAUGAAAAAUUUUUUUUUCUUAAAAGAUUAUAUUCUGACCGAUACGAAGAAUGAUAAAUACAGCGGGCCUGUUUGAAGCCGAGAAUUCAUAAAAAUUACCAAGAAAUGCUAGUGUGCAAUUUUAGGGCCAACUAAUAGACAUGUUCAAUAUGUAAAUGAACUGAGAUGUUAUCCGCGCAAUGACUAAUGGGAAUGUAAUGGUCACCCUUCCUGCAUAGUAUCAUGAUCGAGCAAAUAUGACCAUUUUACGGAAAAGACCCCCUGUGGAUGGCAAGGCGGUUAACGGCCUAUACGUUCACAGCAAUCCACCAAGAAUAUUAUCAGUAAGUGCAGCUCAUAUUAAACAUUUGAUAAGGAAUGGGGACAUUGACAGGCUAGAGCAAUUGGUACUGGAAGGCCAAGGAAAAAAAAUGGUCGGCGAGUAUUCAGCCGACUACAGAACCCGCACCUUCUUGAAAUCAGUUCCAGCCUUAAUGUCAAAGAUUGCCCUUCUUCACGACUCCCUCAACAGCGACAGACUGGCUGAACUACAAUCGAUCCUGGAUGAGGAACCAGAGCGGAAGAAGAAACUAAUUCUGGCCAAAGAUGACAGCGGAGUCGGUCUUUUGCACAAAGCGGUGUAUUACGACCUGAAGUCUAUAUACCGAUGGCUUAUCGAUAAAUUUCCCCAUUCUGUGAAUUCAAGGGACUCGGAAGGAAGAACGCCAUACUUUUACACAUUGAUGUGCAAGGAUCCAGCGACAGUCCAGAAACUUUUGACUUUGGCUGGUGCGGAUCCGCACGUUCAAGAUUGCAAAGGACACUCGGUGAAGUAUUACGGGUGUCAUCUGCAGGAACUUGAACUGCCCAAUGGUCUAAAGUCCGUUGGAAAUUCCCGAAAAAGCACCGCUACGAAAGAGAGUAAGUUUCGCUUCAACAUUACAAAUCAGCAAUUUCCUUAUGUUCUAUCAUUUGUGUCGCUAACAAGACUAACUGCAUAAUUACCACUUGCACUUAUUAGUGUAAUUAAUA